GCGCCGUUUAAACACAAGCAACAUGGCGCUGUACAUGAGAACGUGCGCUCUUUCUCUUUCUACAUUCAUAUUGCGGCGAACAUUGAGACCAAAUCAGGCCAAUAUUUUAUUUUCUGUGAUUGGAGUCGCCAUCCGAGGACAGAGAACGUUGCUAACCGAUGCCUACAAAGGAACCAGUGCCUGGAGAACCAGAAAGAUAUUAGCUGUCAAUAUGGAUGAACUGAAGAUCAGCCUGGAUGCAGAUUUCUUUGACUUCAAGAAACCUGUGGCCUCUGUGGAUCUCCAUAAGUUCAUUGAUAAUAUUUCUGAUGAACAUGACUUGAAGUCAGCUGAACAGUAUCUAUUUUGUCAUCGUCAUUCCCCUGUGGCCCAUCAUCUAAGAGCUUCCACCGCGCACUGUUUCAUCAGAGCCUGCCUCGAUCUAGGACAAGCCAACACAGCAUUCAAAGUCCUUCAAGAUAAGACAAAUUACGGGCUAUUUCCCGAUAACUUCACCUUCAACUUAGUCCUGGAUGAUUACCUAGAGAAGAGAAACAUCAAGGGUGCGGCCAUGGUUGCUAUGGAGAUGAUGACACUGGAGGUAUUGACCAAUCAGGAGCCUCUAUCCCAGCUGUUGGCCCUGUAUGCUUGCCAUCAAUACUUGAAAUCGGGGGACAGCACGGAGGAAGAAAUGCAUAACCUAGGCAUGACCUUUGCUGAUGCCACCAGGAGUCAGACUAGUCUUCUUUCCAGCAGUUACCAUGCCCUGGGUCUUGUAAUGGCAGGCAGGUUAAAGCAGGCCAUUAGUUUCUUGCAAGCAACAACAGACUUGACAGGAGACAAUGAGCCUUGUGUGGCCCAACAAGCGGUUGAACAAAUACAGACUGCGCUGGAAAGCCGAUCAGAUGUAAAGGAGGAACUCAGAAGCAAAUUGCAGGAAUGUUUGUCCAAGCUGCAAGCUGACAGCAAAAUAUCUGCGGAAUCGUUGGACAGUCUAGUGGCAGCAGAAACCCUCCCAAAGGUCCAGGAGUUGCAACAGAACCACACCCAUUCAGAGAAGUAUCCAGAGAUGCUGGCUGAGUGGCACCUGGAGCAUGUGGAGGCUGUACGACGACAGAUCAGGGCAGCUCAGGAGUAUGAGACAUCACUGAAGAGAACAAAGCUAGAGAAACUACUGGAGGCCACGGGAGGGCUCAAGUACUGGCUGGAGAAGGAGGAGAGACGGAAAAGGGAGAGAGAAGCUGAGACAGGGAGAGACAAGUCAGGGGAGACGGGAGAGGAACAAGACGUCAAACAGACUGCUUAAAGGGACAGGGACACCAGCAAGACUGACCCAGUAUCUGGACGCAGUCAGAACCUCAUCAGCAUGGUCCACAAGUGUUGACAGGAGAAUUACUCAAAGAUGUGGCAACUAAUCAUUUUCCGCCCAGAGGAUGACAAAGGUGUGCAUCCUUUAAUAUUUUGAAAAGUUGAACAAAGAAAUGGACUGGAGCGGGUUUGAGCCUGCGACCUCCGGAACUGUUCCAGUGCUGAACCGACUGAGCAAUUCAGCCCUAUGUUGGCGGUGCUCCAAUUUGUCAAUAGCUUUGUUCAAGGGGCGCUAGUCAGAAGCCAUAAACCAGUAUUCCAUACAGCCAGGGAUCACGCCCAAAGUCACGAUACAGACCUGGGAAAUAGCAAACGGGCAUCACUCGGAGAGGUAUAUCAGUGUUUCUCAGUGUUUGGCUAACUACUGAUAGGCACAUGUGUGAUGACAGUGAUUGUUACUUUAUCGUAUGCAGACCUGUGCCCGUGUGCUAGCAUGUUAGUGCCCACACAUGGCUUGGUAUCUGGCUACACUGCACUCAGCAGUUAGUUGCACGGAGCAGAUACAUAGCUGGCCACUUUGAUGCAACACUGUGGCAUCUGUAACCACUUGAGAUCUCUACAGUGUGUGCUACAUGUACUUUAUCUGGUAUAUUGUUGUAAGUGGAUGCAGUAAAAAUACACACCGAGAGUUCCAAGCAACUUUAUUCUUUGAUAGUCAAGUUUAGCGUGCCAUUUGUACUGUGUGUGGUCCAAGUGGUCUUUGCAAUCAACAUGUGAAGAACACAUCAGGAACUUCUGCACAUGUAUGACAUGUUAUGCGAUACGCCAAAUUGGUACAGUUUUAAAGUUGUUUUCUAAAUGAAUGAAUUUCAGUAAAAUAUGGAGCAGCCUUGAAAGAACUUUAUGAUGAUAAGGAAGUGACAUUUGAAGCGGCUCUAAAAACAUUUCUUACAAAAUGAUUAUACUUAGAGAGAUUUAUAGAAAAGGAGAAUAAAAUGUUUACACAGCUAUACAUUGAAAA